AUGGCAGCGUACCCCGACGCUAAGAAGCACCCCAUCGCCGAAAAGCUCAACGAACAAGUUCCUCUCCUCAGGAACGCGGCCAAAGGGGCGAGCAAGACAGCCGCCGCCGAGAGAAGAAAGCAGGAGCUAAGCAACCGGCACGCACAGUACCUCCGUUGCCUGGAGGAGGCUUGGCAUGGCGAUGGCUGGAUGUUGCCGGAGCUAUUCUGUUCCAACAGCAGGAGUCAGGGCAAGGGCUUCAAAGACCUCCACUACAUCUGCAGCAUUACCGAUAUCGCUCUCAAACACGGCAUUGACCUCCCCUCGCUCUGGCAGCCUGGCGGCGCUGCCCUCAGCCUGCUGCACGACCAAUUGGAACAAGAAGAUGGUCAGCAAGACCAGGAUUCUUCGUCACUUGGGUCUGACUCGGAAAUCGACAGAAUCAAGAACCCUGACUGCCACAAGUCGGAUGCCGCCGACAGCCUAAACUAUGAGUCGCCAGAGAACGCGCGGGUAACAAGUCUUGCGUCACCUCUCUUUGACCCCGCAAGCCCCAUCUCUCUCGCAAAGCAGCCAGUAAUAGACUUCUCGCCUGUGCCGGAUAGCCCUGUCGCGUUGCCCCAAAACUGGCUCGCUCCCGAGAGCACUAAAGACCUUGACGUCCCUACAAACCACGACGACCUGGACAUCAUCCACGCCCAUAGCGUUCGCGGCAAGAUGAUCACGAAUGGGGAUGGACCCGUGCAAGAAGACGCAAGCAGCUGCGGCGCCUUCGUUGUAGCAGCUCUCGAGUGUCUUCUAGUGCGCGAUCCCAUCGACUUCUCGGCCGCUGGAACUAUCACGCGCGAAGCACUGGCCCAAAAGGCUGCAGAAUACAUCGACGCCAAGUUUCCCUGGAAAGUCGCCAGCGUUGCAGAGGCGCAAUCCGCCCAGAACAAUAUGUCAGACUCGAGUCACAUGGCCGAAAAGGCGAGGAUAUGUGCACACGACUCGACCGUCCAGAAGCAACGCUUCAAGGUGCAGAAGCGAAUGACAACGGAGCGAGCUCAGCUUCGAGAGGCGGAGACACAGCUACAGCGCCGACGAGACGACGUUUGGAAGCUAGAGUCAGUCGAAGCCAAAGUCAAGUCCGCAGCAAAGGUGGAAGAGGCCCGGCUCAAAUCACUCCUUGACGUAGCGACAACGUUCAACGCGACCUUUACAGAAGCGCAAGAGAAUACGGACGUGGCCAAGGAGGCAAUCACUAAGAUGCAGAAGACAAUGCUGUUAAGGACCAAGUUUCAAAGGAUGACGACGGUGAAAACGAGCCAAGAGAUGGUCGUGGCACACGACAUGACUACGGCAGCUCGAACGAGUGCCAGUGACUGCAAGGCGGAGGUGGAGAGAAUCAAAGGUGCAUUGGUAGAAACGGAGCGCCGUGUCCGCUUGGAGGAGGAAAAAGAGCAAAUGGCCAUGCUGGUGUCCAUUAGCCAAGGUGGGGGCGACGGUGAGGGCAUCCACAGGUAUGACGGCUAA